CUUUCACUUGACAUCAGAACUCUCUCUCUACAAUCUUCUACUGGCUGUCACUUUCUCGUGUGGAGCUCAUAAGCUAUCCAUUUUCUUCCCAUUUUUAUUCACCUGGAAAAUCACGAUUGCUUGAUAAAUUAUAACACGGAGUACCGACUACUAAAAGGUUAAAAACAGAGCAAAAAAUUGAAGGUUGAGAAAUGGCUGCUAGAAAUCUGGAGAAGAUGGCGUCAAUUGAUGCUCAAUUGAGGUUGCUGGCACCGUCGAAGGUCUCUGAAGAUGACAAAUUGGUGGAGUAUGAUGCUCUAUUGUUGGAUCGCUUUCUUGAUAUUCUUCAGGAUUUACACGGGGAAGAUAUCAGAGAAACGUUAAUUGUGCAAACUUGA